AUGUCGACGCCUACAACGGCCGUGGCCACGCUCCCUCAUUAUCACCUCGCCCACCAGACUCACUACCAAGGCCACCACCCGACGCACCACUCGGCUCACCAUCAUCCGUCGGCGUCCUCGUCAAAUUAUCGCUCGACUGCUGCCAAUUCUUUGCUCUACGCCUCCAACGCACCGGUGCCUACAUCAUCGUCGUCCUCCAACACUGCUCGCCAUUUACCUUUUGACCAGCCUGGGAGCCAUGAUGCUGGUUACCACUCGUCGGAUGUCGUAACCCAGAAUCAUCAUCAUCAGCCCCAAUCGCCACCACCACCAGCACCACCUCCCCACGGCCACUACCUGCAUCGCUACGACCAUCUCAAACCCUCAACCCCAACAACACCGAGACACCAUAUUGAUCAUAAUUAUUCAUCCACAAUAGCUGGUACAUCAGCAACCGCAGCGGCUGCCGGCCCUGCCAUUCACAACCAUGACCACGACGCUCCUACGCGGAAACGCCGUCGCUCCCGGGAACCUGACUGGAACAACUUUUAUCGCAAUGGCUUGCCCAAAGAGAUCAUUGUCAUUGACGACACACCAGAGCCCGAACCGGCCAAUACCAGUCGAAAAUUAACUGCCCCAAAUACAAAUGGCGAUGACGCUGCCGCUGCCGCUGCUGCUGCCGGCUCGUACAAGCCCGCUGCGAACACCCGUCAACCCGUUAAGCGUCGACGUCGGGAUGCUCCUCCUUCAGGCUACCACGUUCAGUAUGUCGGCUCCCGCACAAACACGCCUCUGCAACACGCAACACCCAUCGGUUCUACCCUCUCUAGUGAUCGCACCAACUCGUUUCUGAACACAACCGCCCCGACUUCCCUUUCUUCGAACAGCCAAUAUGACGAGGCGCCCCUUCCUUUAAAACGAAAGCGGACAACCCGUCAACAGGCCGCCAACGAAGCGAAACGUCGGGACGUCGAUGGUCUAGGCGGUGGAUUCCUCACAUAUAAGCCGCCGCCGUUGCCUCCGAAAAAGGUGUCUGAUGUUCACGUCAAGGUUGUUCAUGACCAUUACUCAAAGAAUGUCAAAGUUGAUGAUGACGAUGGCCACUAUAUUGUUGUCCCCGAUGCAGAACUAACGGAUAAAUAUCAAAUUACCCGUUUGCUUGGCCAAGGAACAUUCGGCAAAGUAGUGCAAGCCCGUGAUAAGAGGCGAAACCAGUCUGUUGCCGUCAAAAUUAUUCGAUCGGUACAAAAGUACCGCGAUGCAUCAAGAAUUGAACUACGGGUGCUGGCUACGCUAAAGGCGAAUGACGCUAGUAAUCGAUAUCGAUGCAUCCACCUAACAGAUUGCUUCGACUAUCGCGGCCAUAUUUGCAUUGUCAUGGACCUCUUGGGCCAGAGCGUCUUUGACUUUUUAAAGGGCAAUAGUUUUGUGCCUUUCCCUAAUAGUCAUAUCCAAAACUUUGCUCGACAACUCUUUACGAGUGUAGCAUUCCUACACGAUCUAAACUUAAUCCAUACCGAUCUCAAACCAGAAAAUAUCCUGCUCUGCGAGGACUUGUAUCAGACCUUUACAUAUAAUCGAAAAAUCCCGUCAUCGUCGACAACCAUCAAUAGGCAAUCCUCGCAGCGACGGGUGCUACUGAAUACUGAGAUUCGGUUGAUUGAUUUUGGAUCCGCAACAUUCCACGAUGAAUACCACUCGUCUAUCGUAUCAACAAGACAUUAUCGAGCUCCUGAGAUCAUCUUGGGUUUGGGUUGGUCAUACCCGUGUGAUAUCUGGAGCAUUGGGUGCAUCUUGGUUGAAUUCUUCACUGGUGAUGCCUUAUUCCAGACUCACGAUAACCUUGAGCACUUGGCCAUGAUGGAAGCUGUUGUUGGGUCGAGAAUAGAUAGCCAUCUUGUCCAGUCCGUGAACAAGAUGUCUACAAGGAGCGGCGGCAACCCGGCAUCCAAGUAUUUUAAACGACUUAAGCUUGACUAUCCCACUCCGGACACAACACGAGGAUCUAGGAGAUUUGUCAAGGCCAUGAAGCAUCUUCAUGAUAUCAUUCCGUCGAAUAAUCAAUUCUUCAAGCACUUUCUUGAUUUGCUCCAAAAGAUUUUUGUAUAUGAUCCUUCAAAGCGUAUUACCGCCAAGGACGCUUUGAAACAUCCUUGGUUUGGGGAAAUUGCCCAACCAGAUGACGGUACAGAAGCAGCCAAGAUUGGAUUGGAAAGAAAACGACAGGAGCAGGAAAAAGCUCGAUCACGCCAACAUUAUGUGCCAUAA